UAUAGGAAGCCUGCACGAGGGACUAGGAGUCUAGAGGGAGCUGAUGAACCCCAGGUCCUUCCCUGGCAGGCCCAGGUGGCACAUCCUGUGUCGGGUGGGCCCUCACCUUGGAUCUCCAGGCCUGACACUGCCCAGCUGGAUGGAACCAUGGCCCCAGCCUUCCUGCUGCUGCUGCUGCUGUGGCCACUGGGUUGCGUCUCAGGCCCCUCUGCUGACAGUGUAUACACAAAAGUGAGGCUCCUUGAAGGGGGGACUCUGUCUGUGCAGUGCUCCUAUAAGGGCUACAAAAACCGCGUGGAGGGCAAGGUUUGGUGCAAAAUCAGGAAGAAGAAGUGUGAACCUGGCUUUGCCCGAGUCUGGGUGAAAGGGCCCCGCUACUUGCUGCAGGACGAUGCCCAGGCCAAGGUGGUCACCAUCACCAUGGUGGCCCUCAAGCUCCAGGACUCAGGCCGAUACUGGUGCAUGCGCAACACCUCUGGGAUCCUGUACCCCUUGAUGGGCAUCCAGCUGGAUGUGUCUCCAGCUCCCCAAACUGAGAGGAACACUCCUUUCACACAUCUGGCCAACAUCCUCAAGAGUGGAACUGCCACAACUGGCCAAGCCCCUACCUCAGGCCCUGAUGCCCCUUUUACCACUGGCAUGAUGGUGUUCACCCCGGAACUCGUCACCUUGCCUAGACUCUUGGCCUCCACCAGACCUGCCUCCAAGACAGGCUACAGCUUCACUGCUACCAGCACCACCAGCCAGGGACCCAGGAGGACCACAGGGUCCCAGACAGUGACCACGUCUCCCAGCAAUGCCAGGGACUCCUCUGCUGGCCCAGAAUCCAUCUCCACUAAGUCUGGGCACCUGAGCACCAGAUCGCCCACCACAGGGCUCUGCCUCACCAGCAGAUCUCUCCUCAACAGACUACCCUCCAUACCCUCCAUCAGGCACCAGGAUGUUUACUCCACUGCGCUUGUGGUGGUGCUGAUCUUCCUCCUGGUGCUGAUGCUGAUCAUGGUCUAUGGGUUUUGGAAGAAGAGACAUAUGGCAAGCUACAGCAUGUGCAGCAAUCCUUCUAGACGUGACCCGCCUGGAAGACCAGAGCCCUAUGUGGAAGUCUGCUUGAUCUGAGGCCACUUAAGCAUGGGGUGGGGAGCUUCUCCCAGGGUGGCCCCAGGGGGUUAGAGGAGGGGUGAAGAUUGGGGCCAGUCUCGAUCGUAUGAAGCUGGAGGACUUGUGCAGUGCUGGACUCACCCAGGACUUCCCAAAACCAGAGCCUGCCAUCCUGAGCAGCCCCACAGCGCAGUGUUCUCCUGGGGGGUAGGAACCUGGAGGGGGGGCGCCCAGAGCAAAGGGCAUCAGGCAGAAAGUCCCGAGGAAAUGUGACCAGUGGUUUCUGCUCAGAGCUGCAGACCUCAGGGCUCUUGGUGGAGGCAGGGGAACCCUGAGAGUGCUGUUUACAGAGAACCUCAGCUCCCAUCUGCCUCAGAAACCCCAUCAGGCUGAGCUGCCCUCCCCACCAGGCCACUGUGUCCUGUGCUUCCCUCCGCUCUGCUUCGGCUUCCCCUAAGUUUAGGGAAGAAAGAGUUGGGCUCACGAGUGCCAGAGGCGGUGAUGUCCCAUCCUGGAGGAGAGUGAACAGUGACUAAGAGCUGGGGACCCACAGAGGGGUUGGCAGCUUCCCUUGUCGGGCUAGAUGUCCUUUGCUGGGCCUCUGGAUGGCCCUGCCCUGACUGGGGCUGCUCCUCCCUCCUGUCCUGGGACCCCGCAGAGCCCACGCUCUCACUGCUGCCACCUGCUGGCCUCUGCCUCCUUAGAAAGCUGUGACCAGGCAGCUAAGAGCCUCCGGGCUGCAGGGUCAGCCUCUCCCAAGACUGAAGUGCAGAGGCUGGACUUGGGGCUCUCUCCCCCAGCUUCUACACCUGGGCUCCAAGUCUGAGUUCCCGCAGGGGACCCAGCGGCCUCCAGCAAGUCCAUACCCUGGGGUGGCUGAGACCUUGGCUCUGUAUGGAGGGUGCUCACCCCACAGACACUGGUGGGGAGACCAUGGCUCAGAGGAAGGGUGGAGCAACCCUACUCCUACCCCUCAGGAUAGAGAGAGAAGACACACUUGGGACACAGUGAAGACAGCAACUUGGAACUGACCAUGGCCUGGAGGACUGGCCCAGGCAGGGGGGCAGGGAAAAUGGAGCCCAAGUAGCCUCUGGCCAGGGACCCAAUGGCCCGAGGAAUCUGCCUCCCACCCACUGACUCAGGGCUCAGACUCAGCCUGUAUUGUCCAGAGCACUGCCUUGGCGUCCAGCAAUGAAGGCUGGAGAAUGCAGCCUGGAUUCCCCUACACACACACACACACACACACACACACACGGGUGUCUACUGAUCUGGAGUGACUGGAAUAGCAACUGGGGAUAAAUGUGACAACUGUGCAUUCAACCCUGGGUCAGGGACAUUCCAAUGGCCAGGAGAGUGACACAGCCAGGACCUUGGUGGACAGCCUGAGGGGCCACUUCAGGAUGGAUGUGGGGAGAGUGGAAGAGGCAGGGAGUAAUCCUGGGGGACAGCAGGGAGGAGGCACUUCUUCCCUAUGUCCAGGACAGGGCAAUAGAGGGAAGACUGAGGCUGAAGAACCGACGGCUCUGGUCCCAGGACAGACACACACACACACACACACGCCCAUCUCUGUCUAGCAAGCAAUCUCCUAAGAUAGCUGUUCUCCCUAUCAUGACGGUGUAGCCACCAUCCUGUUGUAUACUAGGAGAGAGCUUAACCCACCUGGGGGAAAAUAGCUCCCCAAGAGCUGGCACCAGCACCACUGAUGGCCCUGCUUCCUCUAAGAGUGAGAUGCCCAGGAGGAGGAGCCCUAGGGAAAAAGUCAGGGACAGGGACCAGGAUACCACUCUGUGACCCUCAGCAAGUCACUAACCCUUGGCCUCAUUUUUCCUGUCUUGUGAAAGAGGACAAUAAUUCCUACUUCUGAAGAUUGUUUUCAAGAUAAAAUAACAUUAGCAUUGUACAAUGAUGCAAAUGCCCCAUUACCAUUGUUCCUUAAGUUGUUUUCCAGCUCUAAUGUUGUUUCCAACAUUACAUUUAAGACCUUAGGAUUCUAUUUCUUGGUUUUGUCAUAUCUCUUCCCAAGUGUCAUCACUAUAUGGAUGUUGAGGGCCCCCUGAUGACAGUCCCUUUGGUAAGGUCCUCUUUUGAGGAGGGGAGGGUACAGGGUGGACUCAUCUCAGUGUGAACUUGGCAAGUCACUGUCCCUCUCUGAUCCUGUUUCCUCAUCUGGAAAAGGAGUGAGAGAGGAGAAAGGAAGAAACUAGUCAGGAAGGCAGUUAGGGUGGGUUCUCGGUUGAAUUCUUUUAAACAAAAGAACAGCCUGAAAAAUCAAGCUGCAGGCACAGAUAUGGGAACUUGCACAGGGGGGCUUGCCUAAGACAUGCCCACAGCCUCAUAGAUGAGACAGACUACACAGGUGACUUGCCCAAAAAUGCCUGCAAUGGAAAAUUUCAUCCCCUGACAUGUGCAGUAAGGGGAACAAAGCAAUAUGGAGUAACUCAAGCCAAGGGCCCACAUGUGCAUUAGAAGGACAGGGGGGAGCUACCAGAAAUUCAUGCCUUAUGCAGAUGAGUCACCCAGUCCUCAUAGGUUUCUUACAAAAGCCUUUACAUUCAACUGUAAAAAUGGCAACCCUCUUUCAGGCCCCCUCUCCACAGCAGAGAGCUUUCUUCUCUCACUCAUUAAACUUUCACUCCAACCUCA